AUGGAUGAUACUUGGAAAAAUACCUGCACGAUUCUUCUCCCCAAAAUGGGACAUAUAACAUGCCCACUGCCACUAGGGUUCACAACAAAUGGCAGGUUUCUUAUGGCUAGGCCGGGGGGAUGUACACACAGGGAAGUUAAAGUGGUUUUAUAUGAUCCUGAGUCGCACCAAGCCACCGAUACCGGAAUCAAAAUGAUAGAUUCUUAUGAGUGUGCCGAUACUUAUAGUGAGAGGCUUAAUUUUGGAUCUGAUGUUGCAGAAGAGUCUCCUAAACCUACAAGUGCUGGCUUAACAGAGGCAAAGAGUUGGAGAAGUAUAUAA